UUAUCCACUGUACAUCGCCCCUUAAUCCACUCCACAUCGCCCCUUUGUCCACUCUACAUCGCCCCUUUGUGCACUCUACAUCGCCCCUUUAUCCACUCUACAUCCCUUGAAUCACCUCGCCAUAAUACCGCUAUGACCUCUAUCCACCAUGACAAUAACUUCUGCCUUGUCACCCUUCACCUCCCUUCUUCCACCUCUUGCCACUGCCCUGACCAUGGGCCGCCUAGGGAGCUUGACAAGAAAUUUGAUAAAAUUUUUAACCUCAAAAAUACCUCAAAUAACAACCCUACUAACAUCCUUAAUAACCUCUGCACCGGCCUCGAGACCUUCCUUGGCUUCAACAAAGACUCCAAAGGCUACACUGGCCAGGGGAUUGUGUACUCUGACUUGGAUAGGCUUUGUGAUGCAGUGAUGGGAUUUUUGUAUCAGGUGCUUAGGGAUGUCAGCGAGAAACAGCCUUACAGUGUGGGUAAAAAUAUAUUAAUUAACAACAUUUUAACGCUUAUUAACAAACAUCUUUGCUCAGGUCACGAGGGCUUUAAAAGGCUUUUCACCGAGUUGCCUGCUCGCAUCGCGGGGUAUAACAGGGAAGUGCAGGAGGGGAAUGAGAAAGUUAAACAACCAAUAAAAAAGCUUGAAGGGGAGAUGAAAGAGCUUAAAACUCAGGUAAGUGCUAUAUUAAAUGAUAAUGCUGUUGCAGGUACUACUAUGAUCCUGAGGACGGGGGACGCCGAUGUCGCUAAGCAAGCGGUUGAUGACGUGAACCGGAAGUUAAAGGAUUCAAUUAAGGCGACUGUCGGAUUCACCGAGACUACUAAGACUUUGCAGACUGAGAUUGCUGAUUUGAAUUUCGACACUCGUAAUAAUGUUAAUAAUGCUAUAAAUGCCAUGAAACGUGAAUUAGACGUGCUGCAAUUUUCGUGUCAGAAUCAGAGUCACGAUUUGGAAUACAGCAUUAAGAAAGUUGUUGAGAGGUGCAAUGACAUACAUAGAAAAGUCGAUGAUGAGACUAGGACAAAAGUGGAGGCUCUAUUAAAUGAUAUUAGAAACAAAAUGAACGCAUUUCAAAGUACCAUGAAAAAAGACAUUUACCAACCAUUGAGCGACUGGGUUAAGAACAAUAAAGAGAAAUUAGUAGCAUCCCGCAGUUACGUCGGCGACGAUAUUUUGAUAUUCGAAGAUCGUUAUCCUAAGAUUCAUACGGCGCUUGCGGAAAUAAAAAAGGUGGUUCAGCCGCUGAAUGAUUUGAUGUCCAUCGGUAUCCGUAUGAAAAACCAACCAGUGCUUGAAGGAUUUGCCGAAGAUCUAAAUAAUGCAGUAGAAAUAUUUCCUAAAGCGAUAGAGACAGAUCUAGACAGCUUGCGUAUACAAAUCACAAAAUUGAUGAACGAAUACGUUACAAGUUUAAGUGAUGGUGAAGCAUAUGCUGGCCUUUGUUCUGAAUUCAUAAAUAAUGUUUUAGAAAGCGUAAUUAAGACGCUUGAUGCGAAGGCAGCCGAGAGAGGUAAUACGGUACUUAAAAAGUACGGAUCUAUGAAAAUCAAUAUUGAGAAAUUCAUGGAAAAUUCAAAAGGCGAUUUACAGCGUAUAGGGCAGUUAGUUCAAGGCAUCAAAAACGACAUUUCGAAUCUUAAAACUCAAUCGACCAAUACGAAUGUACCAGACUCAACGCUUACAAGCAUCACUAAAACCUUACCCACCAACAUGAGAUCGCUAACUACAAGCAUUAAUAGGAUACUCGAUGUUGCCGAAGAAGUGGAAAGCAAAUUAGAUACGUGGUUACAGGAAGUGGAGUCAUAUAUUUCCGCAAUCGAUGGACUGCGUAGCAAAUGCGUCAGCGGACUGCAGUCGUAUAUAAACUCGGCAAUCACCGACUCGAAAAACAUAAUCAUCACAGACCUCAGGAAACGCUACGUUCGUCAUACUAAACUAAUGCUCACCGCGUUCGCGGACAAGGUCAGCCAGGAGUUGCAGGGGUUGCCGGGGGAGAUUGAGAGGGAUCUGCGCAUCGGGUUCAAGGGGUUGAUGAGAGUGAUGGGAGGUAAUAAGUACACUGUAAAACCAGACCAUUCUUCAUAUUUUGAUGAUAAUUUGCCCACUGAAUUGUUUAACGAAAUUUCCAAUCUUGCCCAGCCCCUUGCUCCGUCACCUAAGGGCGCACAGCAUCUUGGGAAAUUCAAAGAACUCUCCACAGCAUUCCACGCCUAUUUCACUAAUAUUCAUAAGUAUACUGAUUACCAAAUCAAAUCCGAAAUUGCGUCGGAACCGCAGGCCCUUCAAGGCAUCAAUGCUACCAACCUCCAGCACCUCACCGCCGUCAACACUAAAUUCAACGAAUUACUCGACCACCUCAAAAAUGACUCUACACCUUCUAGAACAUAUAUAUUUGAUCAUACAUACACCAAAAAGCAUGAAUCCCUCUCCUCCUCCCUCCACCUCCUCCACCCCUCCCACUUCGCCAACCCCCGGCACCCGGAGCUGCUCGAUGCGGUCAGAGCGGGGCUGCAGGGGUUUGUCGAGCAGAUGGAGCGGGUGUAUGUGAACGGGUAUGAUGAUGGAACAUUAAUCAAUUUUACGUUAAAUCCACUUGUUAAAAAUGAUGCUG